AAAAGAUAUGUGUGUAAAUUUGAAGUAGAUAUAUGUACUGGAAGUAUAUUAAAUAACAAAAACAAAAGUGUCUAAAUACUUACUUUCCGCCACUGUACAUUUUCACCCAGGGCUAGUACAUAUAGGCUAAUUUUUGGUAAAUAAAUAAUGACACUGUAGAAUCUGUUUUUGGUCUUGAAGUUUUAGGUCCUGAAGAGAUCCAGAUGAUAUUUUAUCUCUGGAUAUAUAAAACCACAGAACUGAAAGAGAGUGUACUUUUUUUCUCAUCACUGUACCAGAACCUUAAUGUGAAGUGUAUAUUAUUAAGGUUGCAGUAAAACUGUAAAUUCAUCAUGCAUAAUUUUAAAUGCAUUUUGCAAACACAUAUUAAGAUUCAGUUAGCUGUAUGUUAUUGCUGUAGAUUUUUUUUAUACUUUUUAGAAUUAGACUUUUGUUCCAUAUUAAUAAACAUAUUACAGCCCAUUAUGUCUUAGUGUUUAUUCCAAACUUUUUGGCCUUUAGCGUACGUUUAGGAAGAAUCAGAGUACUUUACUAUGAGUAACAAUAGGCUAAUUAAUUUAAACUGGAAGGACACAGUUGUCAGCGUUCCACAUACAGUAUCUAGUAUAUAUUUAAAAACAACAACAAGAAGAAAAAAGCUAAUAGAUUUUAUUUAUUUUCUAUUUUUUGAUUCAGUAUUACCAGUAGAAAGGAGGGUAUGUAUGAAAGUGUAAAGAUUUCCAAAAAGCUCAGACUUCUCAGUAUUUAAUAUAAUAGAAAAUAGAUGUACAGGUUGGCUUUGUCUAAUGUCUGCCAGAGGACAGGGUGCCUGCAGGGUUCUCACCCAGGGUAAGCAGAAAAAAAUAAUUUAAUCAUAGGUUGUAUUUGGGCCACAGCAUCUAUUUUUUUUUUUUACAUUUAGCCAUCCUAAUUUAAAAUGUUUUAAUAUAACUUUAUUUAAACCAAAUAAUUUAAAUAAAUCUUAAUUUAAAUUUGUAAAAAAUAAGCUUAAAACUAAACCUUUAAUUGGCACAAUUCGUUUACACCAGCAACACCAAUACCAGCAAAGAAAUGCGUCUUACAUUUUUGGGUGGAGUAAGAAACCAGUGUCUGCCUUACAAUAAAUUCGUUAAGUACUUGCUUUGUGUUUAUUUCCAAAUCUCUGUGAAUGUUCAUUAUUGCCAAUCCUGUGAGCUGGGUCUCCGUCACGCUGUUUCUUAAGUACGUUUUUAAACAUCUUAAACAGUUGAACGAGCGCUCUGCAGAAGCAGUGGACUCAGGCACUGUAAGAACGACUUUCAGAAUGGUGUGAAGAUUUGGAUACAUAUCAACAGUGUCCCUCAGUAGUGUGCAUAUAUCACUGUCGGCUUACAUUGCUGUGCAUCUCUGUCUCCAGAGUUCUAACUCAACAUCAGCCAGUUCAACACUGGGCAUCAUUCACUGGUAUUCCUGUUUAAUGUCAUUCCACAGCUCUUCCAUUAGCAUGACAAGUUUGUCAGGCAUUAGAUACUGUGCUUUUAGUUGAGGCAGGGUGCAGCACAAUCGAUUAUGUAAUUCCGUACAUAGAUGAUCUAAAAAUGGAAGGGAAAUAUUUAUCUGUCAGUACUCCUCAGGCUUGGCAUCUGGGGUGUUUGAUCACAUAGACUGAGUGCUCACACCUCGGGGCAUUGAGGGGAUCACAUCAGGUUUUCUGGCCAAGUCACAGGCUUUUCUCCAAAUGCUACUGAAUGUCAUAUCCCCACGUUUACUUUUUCAAGCAGUGAGACAGUGUUACUUGCUUGUUCUCUAGCUUUCACAAGAUCACAAGGUGCACUUUGAAGCCCAUUGCUUAGAGGGGUUAAGAACUGCAGCAAACGUUGACACACUAUCACACUGAUUAUAAAGCCGAAUGACUCCAUGCUGGGACCAACGCGUAUCAGAAACUUUCUUCAGUCAUUUUUUUGUCCUCGCUGUUGUUCAAAAAAACAGUUCAGGCUUUUCGGAGAGGCAGUCACAAAAGACACUGUUUCUUUCACUGUAUCAAGUGAAUUGUGAAUAGCUGGGAGCUUUUUGUUAUGGACAAUAGCCAAAUUCAAGGCAUGAUUCUUACAGUGCACAUAUUGCGCAGGGGUAAAUCUCUCUGAUGCGAGUUUGUACACCCCGAACCUUUACACUCGUAUUUCCCGCACUGUCAUAGCCUUGACCAAUGAGGUUAUUUAGAUCCAGAUCUCUUUAGAUAGUCCAGAAUCAGUUCUGUUAGAGCUAUCCCUGUUGUGUCUGUGGUGUCACAAAUCCCAAAAAUCUUCUCGUACAGUGUAAUGGCCAGCAUCUGCAUCCACAUAAUGCACAAUUAAAGCUACUUGCUUGGUGUUACUGAUAUCAGCAGUCAUAUCAACGAGUACAGAAGAAAACUGAGCUUGCCUGCUCUUAUCCAGUGUGUCAUUCAGAAUUUGCCUACCACAAAGUUCAAUAAGUUUGUUCUGAAUCCGGUGGGUGCAGUAAUUGGCAUUUAAAGGUACUAGCUGUAAGUACUCUUUCAGGUUGUCAUUGCCACUCUCACAGUACUCCAAAAGGGCUCAGAAAUUGCUCACAUUGUCUGUGUGAAACUGAAUAGCCAUAUUCUGUUUACCACAAACUACAAUUAAGUCUAUGAUAGCUUUCAGCCCAUAUCACGUGCGUACGAUGCUGUCUUUGUGUGAAUGGUCCAAUGCAGUAAUAAUGGACUCCUUACUGCCAUCACAAACAGAUUAAAAUUCUGCUGCACGUUUCUGCACACUCAGAUGUAUGAUGAUAAGUGUUUCAUUAUGAACUUUUUAAUAUUGCUCCAGUCAUUUAGUGGUUUGGUCCUAAGAACUGUGUCACCAUUGGAAAAUAACAUGCAAGCCACACAGAAUACACCAUCUUUGCUGUAACUCCAUGUGGGGUACAGCAAAUCGUUGAAAAAUCCGUCGGGAACCCUUCUCAUGCAUCCACAGAUGUCCCGUUUAGGCAUGGCCCAGUCUUGACUUGGUUUAAAUUUGUUUCUCAACACAUGCUCUUUUACUGAGUCAGGUUUAGAACAUCAGCACUGACUAAGCCAGUACUGAUACUAAGAGCUCUGUACAGAGAGUAUUGUGCUCUGCUUGAGCUGGCAUAACUGUAGCAUGGACAUUACCCUCCCCGCUUGACGCCUGCUCCUUGUCUGGUGUGUAUGCAUUGGUUUCUUCUUGGUCCGGUGUGUGCUGCUCCUCGGAUUCUUGACAACUUGGUUGAAACUGUAUUCCAAGACUCAUUUGCUUCAGCUGCCACAUUUUUUCUUUUAUCUUUGGGCAUAUGUGAGCUAAAAAGUUCAGAUAUUGUCUGCUAGGUUUGUCUAAAACUCAUACCGCCUCUAAUGCCCUGUCUUCGUUUUUAAUUGAUUAAGCAAACAGAUUGUCCCACCCCAAACUCACGCCAUUAGUUCAGUCAGAAUUUGAUAGGUUUCGCCUCAUUUUAUCUGGCUUGUAAUUUUUUCCGAUGUAUUUUUAUUUAGUGUGUAAUUUAAUUUCGUUUCUUAUGUGUGCAAUAUUUUUUCCAAUGUAUUUUAACAUCCAAAAAAUUACACAAAUCGCCUUUCAUUGUUUAGAAAUGAUAUUACAAAAUUCAUUUUGAAAUAUUGGCGAGGGUACACAGUGUGCGUGCUCUGCAUGCAAGUAGGGACGCCACUCCCAGAGGAUACAUACAUAAGUAGACAUUACAAAAAUUAGGAACAUAUAAUAAACAAGGUUAUUAGAAAUUAUCACAAUUGUUAUGCCCCAAUAUCAUGUUUACAACUGCUUUAAGGGUUGAUGAGUAUGUAACAUGCUACAUUAUCACAACAAAUUAUUUGUUUAAUGUGAUUUUAGUUAAUAAACUAACCAAACACAGUGAAGGUCCAACUUUCAACUUGAAAUAAUGAAAGAAAGGCUGACUAUUUUGUGAGAUGCAGUGGUGGUGAGGUGUGAUGAGGCAGUAGUAGUGGUAAACCAGGAAACAAUCAACACCAGGAAAUGUUGAGAUGGUGUUUAAUAUAGGCAAUUCAGUUCCUCUAUCGCAGCGAAGACAGAGGUAGCAGAAGAAUACUCAACAUUUGACUAAAAAGGGUAAGUAAUGUGAAUAAAGUACAUUUUGUGAAAGAUGUGAAAAAAAGCUAAAAUAAUAAUAUUUGAGGAGCCUGUCACUGCAUAUAAGUGUUCUCUUAGACAAGUAUCUUAUUUCUAAUCAAUGGAUAAAUAACUGGUGCUUAUGUUUUUAUUCAUCUUGCUUGGGUUAGUCCUCUUUAAAAAGUGACCGUAUGACAUAUUAUUUGAUAUAACUACUGUUCUCAUACAGCCAUUGUCCCCUUUCUUUGGCCCACUUUGUAAAUGUUAGGCAUCAGUUACACCUUGGAGCUAUCUACAUAAAAGCUUGUGACAAAAGUCUGAGCUAAAUGUAACCAGUCCUCCAGUAGCAAGAAAAAAACCUCCCUGAGUUAACAUGAGUAAGAUACCUUGAGAGGAACUAGACUCAAAGGGAAACUCAUCCACAUUUAGGUGACAGGGAGGGAUUAUAAAUCAUUACAAUGUGUGGAUAUAUAAGAUUAAAGGAAACAUUGCUAAGUGUGUCAUAAGAAUGUUCAGUAUGAACAUAUUGAGCUUUCCUCAGGGUUGGUGUCUAAAGUGACAAAGAUAUGUGAGGAAAGUUAUUGGUAUUAAGCACAUGCUUAAAUAAUACAUUGUGGGUGCCACAUUCAGAUUGUGCAAAUUGCCUGCAUGUAGUUCACACCUGCAAAGUUGUCACAUUUUUCUUGCGUAGUGGUAUUCAAGAUAGGGUUUUUCAUUUUAAUUUUCAUUUAAUUUGAAUUUUAAUUGCACAGUGAGCACAGACUCACUGAAACUGGACGGUUGAAGACUGGAAAAAGACCAGGUGAUUUUUUUCUAAUCUUCAACUGCCCAGUUUCUGUGAGCCUGUGCCCGUGUUAACCUUGCUCUGCAUGUACAAUAGUCACAUUGCAAAGGCUGCCAUAGCAUGCCUAACAGACAUUUUUAAAUUAACGUCAAGUGCUGGUCAGUAAUGUUGGCCAGUAAUGUUAUGCUAAAAGAUGUUUUCUGUUUUGUAGCAGAAAAACCUAGCAAUGUUUGCAAUUUUCAUUACUAAUCUCAAAAGGAAAAUACUUAGUCCACAUAAAAACUCAAUUUAACUAAAAUGUAUCUGAAUUUAAUCUAAUUUAGUGAGUUCAUCACAGAAGAAGGGGAAAGAAGCAGCCAGAUGGAGUAGAAAGGAAAAGGGCACAAAAAAGGAAAGCCAAGGAGAGCCAAGAUGAUGCUGCAAAAUGCAGCAAACUAACAGGCAUUUUUAAAUUAACCUCAAGUGCUGGUCAGUCUGAUCUGAAUGUAGCUAACGUUAUCUGUGGCUGUAUUAACCGUGAUACCAUUGCAGUAAAUCUUGGCAUACCGUUGCAUAAUUGGCAUUAUUUGGCUAUCUGGAACAUAUUUUUGUUGCAAUUUAUUCUGAAAGUCAGUGGAUAUUUUGCAAGAUUAUCUCUAAGAAACCUCUCCAUAUAAGUGUCUUAACAACUUUUGUGUGCAGAACACCAAAGAAUGGACCCAAUAGAAGAGUUUGGCCAGUCAAAAGUGAGAAUUGUGCUUUGUGGGACUUGAACCUGGUCGUCAGGGUUCAACUGGAAAGUGAGCUUAUACCACUAAGCCACCAGGCAGAGUUAACAAAUUGUGUGGUAGGAAUGCCAGAAAACCAGGGAGAUUAGAGAACAGACAGAGUUAGACAAGUGAGCGAGUAUGUGACUGAAGGGAUUGAACACAAAUGGGCAGAAUCAAGCACUGAGUGACUGAGUGAGCUACAGAGGAAGGGCAGCAUACAGUGCAUUGAAUACACCAAAAGGUGAAUCAAGAUGAUUCAGAGCGCAAAAUUAAGCAAGAGGGAAACAGAGAGUGACUCAGAAAGGACUUUUAACUAGAGAGAGAAAUAAAGAGUGUGAGACGGCCAGCUACUCAGUCCACCAACCAAUAUCAACUCAGAAAGAAAACUUCACUAGAGUAAAGUUUUCUGUCUUUUUUCACUUUCUCUCUUUCCCUGUAAAUUUAAAGUAGUAUCCAAUACUGAUAGUCAGGGAUUAGUUAGCUAGUUUGCAGUUAGUAAGGCCUGCAUUUCACAAUCAGCCAAGAGCAGGGAGUGAAAUUGUAGUUACAGGGCAGACAGAUAAAAAAUGUUUCACUUGUCACAAGAGCAAUCUCAAUUUUUAUUAUUAAGAUGGUGAUCUUGCACUAAAUAAAUGGAAUGAUUUGAUUUAGCAUUGUAGCUACAUGUAUGCGGGUUAUUUAGAAAAUCACUUUUAAUAUGCCAUCCAUUUGUGUGACUCAAAACCUUUUUCUCACAAUAAGGUGGAGACAGUCAACCCAGUAUGAUUGGCUGAUUAGAUAUUUGCAUGAAUGAUUGGAUAUACAGGGUUUCCUAAACUGGUCAGUGAGUGUACAUACAGUAGGUAGUCAGUGGUCUCAAAAUUUGUUGCAGGUGUAUGGGGAGGCCUGCCGGCCUGAAUUUUUGUCCCAGUCUGGCCCAGGGUGUGGGUAGUGGAAGAGAAAGAGGAAGUGGCAUCAUGGCAGGGCAUCUGUGGGCUAUGACAAUAAGAUAACGUCAUAUCUGAAUGAACAAUGUCAGAUAACAUGCUGGAGGAGGUUUUCAUAAAGCGCUCUCAGCAAAAGAAGAAAACUUCACCCUUAAACUUCAAAGAGAGAUUGUUUGUACUCACACAGGAAAAGAUUGCAUACUACGACUAUGACUUUGAAAAAGGGAAAAAGAAAGGAUUAAAGGGAUUUGUUGACAUUGACAAGAUUAAAUGUGUUGAGAUUGUGAUACCAGAAGACAAUGCUCCUCCUGAAAGAUUGUUCCCAUUUCAGAUAGUCUAUGACGAGGGACCACUCUACAUAUUUGCCAAAACAGAUGAUAUACGAAAGCAGUGGAUACAUAAACUAAAGCAUGUGGUGCGGUUCAACAAAGACCUAAUGCAAAAAUACCACCCCUGUUUUUGGGAGGACGGCGUAUGGAAGUGUUGCCAACAGGAAGUCAAACAGGCUAUGGGCUGUAAAGUGCUGGAAAUGAGAAAUGGAGGAUUUUCCACAGGAUCCCGGCGUAAAUCUAGAAAACCUCUCCCACCAACACCAGAAGAGUUGCCUCAGGAAAAGCCCUCUACAUCUUUGCCCCAAGAGCCACCAAAGCAGCAUGGCUUCUCAGUGGGUAUGACAGUCAUUGCUGAAUAUGAGUACACUCCCAUGGCACCCCAAGACCUGGAGUUGAAAAAGGAUGACGAAUACACAAUUUUGCAAAUAUGUGAUGCCAACUGGUUUAGAGCCAGAGAUAAACAUGGCAAUGAGGGAUAUAUUCCAAGUAACUAUGUUGUUGAGGCCUUAAAUGGAUUGGAGAAGUUUGAAUGGUAUUGCAAAAACAUGAACCGCAGUCAAGCAGAAAAUUUACUUAAGUCUGAGAAUAAAGAUGGUGGCUUUCUGGUGCGAGACUCGGGAAGAUACACUGGAAAAUAUACUGUCUCCGUUUUCACCAAGGGCAUUGGAGAAAUGGUUGGCAGCUGCCGACACUACAACAUAUUAACCACUCAACAAGGACAGUUUUACCUGGCAGAGAAGCAUUAUUUCGGUAAUAUUCCAGACCUCAUCAAUUACCACCAGCACAAUGCUGCAGGACUGGUGAGCAGACUAAAAUACAUUGUGUCAAAUCGAGCUCAGAACGCUCCAUCCACUGCAGGUCUGGGUUAUGGAGUCUGGGAGAUUGAUCCCCGCCAACUCACUUUUAUUAAAGAAUUAGGCAAUGGACAAUUUGGGGUUGUUAAGUAUGGAAAGUGGCAGGGUCGGCAUGACGUAGCCAUCAAAAUGAUCAAAGAGGGUUCUAUGUCAGAGGAUGAUUUCAUUGAAGAGGCUAAAGUCAUGAUGAAACUUCAUCAUGAAAAUCUAGUUCAGCUGUAUGGUGUUUGCACAAAACAAAGACCUAUUUACAUAGUAACGGAGUUUCUUCCCAAUGGAUGCCUACUGACCUACCUACGGGAGUCCCUGCGACACCCCUCUGCUGUUCAGCUCCUUGAGAUGUGUAAAGAUGUGAGCGAAGGAAUGGCCUACCUAGAAUCCCAACAGUACAUUCACAGAGACCUUGCUGCCAGAAAUUGUUUAGUGGCUUCAAAUGGGACAGUUAAAGUGACUGAUUUUGGACUGUCACGGUAUGUCCUUAAUGAUGAAUAUACUAGCUCUGCUGGCUCACAGUUCCCUGUACGCUGGUCACCUCCUGAAGUACUCCUUUACCACAAAUUCAGCAGCAAGUCAGACAUCUGGGCAUUUGGUAUUUUAAUGUGGGAAGUCUACACACUAGGUAGAAUGCCAUAUGAACGUCUGAAUAAUACCGAGAUAGUGCAUGAAGUUACUGCUGGCUAUAGACUGUAUCGCCCUCAGAUGGCCAAUGACAGAAUCUACUCUAUAAUGACCAAAUGUUGGCAUGAGAAACCAGAUGAACGGCCCACAUUUCAAGAUCUUGUGCUGGUCAUUCAGGAUUUGCUUGACAAUCUGCACUAGACCGCAGACCUAGUGACAGUAAAUGCCUGAUUAUGAGGGUAGCCCUGCAAAAGAGAUAAAGACUUAGUCAUGAACUGCAGCUACAUUUAAGAUUAGUAAACAUAAAUAGAUUAUUUAAGAUUUUGUGUAACUUUCUAUAUGAAUGCUUUUUAUAUUAUGUUUCUACUUUUUGUCCUCUCAAAUUGUAAUGUUUACUGUAUACAAUUCUCCUCAGUUUCCAAAGUCAAUUAUCAGUUCCAGAUAUUAUUACAUGAAUGUACCUACAAAAUCAAAAUUAAAUAUUUUGAUUGCUUUGCACUGCAUGAAAAGAGCUGAAUAUGGAACAGUAAACUCCAGCUUACACAGCUAAAAUAUGGAUGUAUCCUAGAAUUUGAUGCCCAGAAAGGCUUAAUUCCACCGGUUUGCAAAGAUCCAAAUAGUUUCGGAUAAUGGAGUGUUUCAUGAAUGAAUAUAAAUAUGGAUGGAUAUGUGAUUCGCCCAUGCAGUAGCGGCCUGCACAGUAAAGUCAUAAAUGAAAUUCCAGUGCAGUCAUAAAAUAAUAAAAUAAAUAAAAUGAAAAACAAAAGAAUCA